GAAACUUGAGCACGACUACAGGGCAGCAUGUCUAAUAUUGCAAAAGUUCUUUCUGGGAGGCAGGACAGAGGAGAAGGAGUGGGAACAAAUGAGAAGGCGAUUCCUUUCAACAAGCAGGACUACCAGAGCCUGAAGCAGGAGUGUCUGGCGAAAGGAACCCUGUUCUGUGACCCGACCUUCCCUGCUGAAUCUGACUCUCUGGGAUACAAUGAACUCGGACGGUACUCCUCCAAGACCAGAGGAGUGCAGUGGAAGAGACCUAAGGAACUCUAUUCAAACCCUGAGUUCAUUGUGGACGGUGCUAAGCGGACAGACAUCUGCCAGGGAGCUUUAGGUGACUGUUGGUUGCUGGCGGCUAUUGCAUCUUUGACUCUGGAAAAAGAGAUUCUGGAACGUGUAGUUCCACCUGGACAGAGUUUUAUAGAGGACUAUGCUGGCAUCUUUCACUUUCAGUUCUGGCAGUACGGUCAAUGGGUGGAUGUUGUCAUUGAUGACCGGCUGCCUACCAGAGAUGGGAAGCUGCUGUUUGUUCAUUCAGCCGAGGGCUCUGAGUUCUGGAGUGCUCUGAUGGAAAAGGCCUAUGCAAAGUUAAACGGCUCAUAUGAAGCUCUGUCGGGAGGUUCGACCACUGAGGGUUUUGAGGAUUUCACAGGAGGCAUCUCUGAGAACUAUGAGCUGAACAAAGCUCCUCCGUACCUGUUUAAGCUCAUGCAGAAAGCACUGACGCUGGGAUCAUUACUUGGCAGCUCCAUUGAUAUUGCCAGUUCAUAUGAGACGGAGGAGGUGACGAGUCUGAAGCUGGUGAAGGGUCAUGCCUACUCCGUCACGGGCACAGAGGAGGUUCAUUCCCACGGCCGUCUGGUUCAGCUGGUGCGUAUCAGGAACCCAUGGGGUCAGGUGGAGUGGACAGGCCCUUGGAGUGACAAUUCCAAAGAGUGGAGCAGCGUCCAACCAGAGGAGAAAGCUAAACUGGAUUAUUCAGCUGAAGAUGGAGAGUUCUGGAUGGCGUAUUCAGACUUCAUACAGCACUUCUCAAAGUUGGAGAUCUGUAAUCUGACUCCAGACACUAUUUCAAGCGAAGAUGUGAGCCGCUGGAACUACAACCAGUUUGAAGGCAACUGGAAGGUGGGAUCCACCGCAGGGGGCUGCAGGAACAACCCAGCAACAUUCUGCUCAAACCCUCAGUUUGUGAUCAAGCUGGAGGAAGAAGAUGAUGAUCCUCUUGAUGGAGAGGACGGCUGCACGAUCCUAGUGGGUCUGAUGCAGAAAGAGAGUCGUAAAGACAAGCGGUUUGGACGAGACCUGAACACCAUUGGCUUCUCUAUCUAUGAGGUUCCAGAUGAGUUCAGGGGACGCAAUAACGUUCAUCUCGGUCCUGACAUACUGCUGCGUCAGCAGUCCAUUGCAGGGAACAACACCUUCACCAACCUGCGAGAGGUGAGCGAGCGCUUCUAUAACAAAGAAUUUGCACCCAAAUGCAUGAUGGAUGUUUCUGACUCUUGUUCAUGCAGUCCGAUGGAUACGGAGAUCAGUGCAGAUGUGAAAAAGCAAUACAUAUCAGAGAGUGAUGUGGACCCACUUUUCAAACAGCUUUUCAAUCAGAUUGCUGGAAAUGACACAGAGGUGUCUGUGUUUGAACUACAGCAGAUCCUGGACAGUGUUACCUCAAAACGAACUGAUGUGAAGACAGAUGGAUUUAGUAUGGAAACCUGUCGCCACAUUAUCAGUCUGCUAGAUAGAGACGGCAGCGGCAAACUCGGCCUUGUGGAGUUUCACAUACUGUGGAUAAAGAUCCAGAAAUAUUUGGAGGUGUUUAAGAAGCAUGAUACAGACAACUCCGGCACUAUGAGUUCCCAUGAGAUGAGAGAUGCCGUGAAAGAAGCAGGAUUCCAGCUGAACAAUGACGUACUUCAGGUGAUAAUCUCACGUUACGCCAAUCAGCAGUACGCCAUUGACUUUGAUUGCUUCGUUGGCUGCCUGAUUCGCCUGGAAAUGCUCUUCAAAAUAUUUAAAACAUUUGAUAAGAAGAACAGCGGGAAAAUCGAUCUGGAUAUCCUGCAGUGGCUCUGCUUGGCCCUCAGUUGAAAAUCCACUUACCUUGCACCAGAUUGCACUAGAAGUCCAUUCAUUUCAUGCAAUUAAACCGAAGCGGAUGCAGCAGACCUGGAAUACCCAAGAGUAAAAUCAGAGUAAAAUCAACCAAAGAUGGGUAUUAGCCUAUCUAAACUUGAACUUGCUUACAAAAUGCAAUUUGAUUAUGGUGCUCAUCUGGUGAAAAUAAAAUAAUUUGCUAUA